AUGUAUCCAACCAUCCACGAUGGUGAUUUAGUGAUUGCAGAGAGAUUUAGUAUUUCGACUAGAAACGUUCGCAAAGGCGAUAUUGUUGGAUGUUUGAGUCCGUCGAAGCCAACUGAAUUGCUUUGUAAGAGAAUAGCAGCCAAGGAAGGAGAAAGAGUUGAGUGUGAGCUGCUCCCAAACGGCCGUGUUCCUCGCGGCCACGUCUUCCUUCAGGGUGACAAUACCAAACUCUCCACAGAUUCGCGUCAUUUUGGCCCUGUACCCGAAGGCCUUGUUCAGAUUCGUCUUACAUUGCGGAUAUGGCCUUUAACCAGAUUCGGAUGGCUUUCGAAUAAAUGGACCAAAAUGUCAGAUAGGUUAACACAGCUUCAAGACCUCGUGAAUGAUUUGGCCGCAUGUAUGACAAAUGCGAUUGGAGUUUUACAAGGAGAAGCUCCACCUUGUGAGUUCAAUGAAAUCAGCAAGGAGCUUGAAGAAGAGCCAAAUUGCGAAAAUUUUGCAUCUCUAAUCGCAAAAGCUGCCAAGGACAUCGAGCUGAUGGUUGAAUCAUUCCCAAUGGAAAAUAUGGAGUGUACAGAUAUCGAAGAGCAAAUCAAAAAGAACGAAGAGAGGAAAAGAAAAGCAGUGAAGGAACUUGAAGAAGUAAAUAAGCAAGGCGUUGAAAUCAUGAAGAGGCUGCAAGAGAAACUCACCGAAAUCGCUACUGUUCAAAUCAAAUCUCGCCCUAUCGCAUAA